AACCGCAAUGUCUCAGCCAAUGAAUAUCCGUUGGGAACAAGAUGUUGAAUUGUUUUGAUUAUCGGAAAACACCUCGAAACAACGCGAAAAAAAACGUUGAGGAUUAAUAACAACUGGGGCAUUUAAUUCCAUAAAAAUACAGUCAAAUAAAUCAGCAGGAAAUAAAUUGUCCGAAAGAAAAAAUCGACUUGAUUGUCACUUGAGCUAGGAAUCAAGUGCAUCAGUGAGCCGAUAUACGUAAUACAUCACAUAUAUAAAUCGUACAUAUUCAACUGAUAGAAUCGCAAAUCGGUGAAAGAAAAAAGUCAAUCGCAUUCAAACGUAUACCUCGGACCAUCUUGGGUUUAACUUGCCAAAAGUCACAAUGGAAGCCCUCAUCCCAGUGAUUAACAAACUCCAAGAUGUUUUUAACACAAUUGGAGCAGAUGUUAUUCAAUUACCGCAAAUUGUUGUCCUCGGUACUCAGAGUUCCGGCAAAUCAUCGGUGAUUGAGAGUCUCGUGGGUCGUUCAUUCUUGCCUCGUGGUACAGGAAUUGUCACCAGACGUCCACUAGUCCUUCAACUAGUUUACACACCAAAGGAUGAUCGUGAACAUCGAACAGCUGAGGAUGGAACUCUUGAUAUUGACGAGUGGGGAGUGUUUCUUCAUGCUAAAAAUCGUAUAUUUAAAAAUUUUGAUGACAUUCGCCGGGAAAUUGAAGCUGAGACUGAUCGUAUGGCUGGUGGUAACAAGGGCAUUUGUCCAGAGCCCAUUAAUCUCAAGAUUUACUCAGCAACUGUUGUUAAUUUAACACUAAUCGAUCUCCCUGGAAUAACCAAAGUGCCAGUUGGAGAUCAACCCGAGGACAUAGAGACACAGAUUCGUAAUUUGGUACUAAAAUACAUUUGUAAUCCAAAUUCGAUAAUUCUAGCUGUUGUAACUGCCAACACAGACAUGGCAACGAGCGAGAGCUUGAAAUUGAGUAAAGACGUUGAUCCUGAUGGGAGAAGAACCCUUGCUGUUGUCACUAAAAUGGAUCUGAUGGACGCUGGAACAGAUGCUAUUGAUAUUCUCUGUGGGAGAGUUAUACCAGUGAAACUGGGAAUCAUUGGUGUUGUCAAUCGAUCUCAGCAGGACAUUAUGAAUAACAAAACAAUUCAGGAGGCACUGAAGGAUGAGGCAGCAUUUUUGCAACGCAAAUAUCCAACUCUAGCCAGUAGAAAUGGUACUCCAUAUCUCGCCAAGACACUCAAUCGUCUGCUGAUGCAUCACAUAAGGGAUUGCCUGCCUGAGCUCAAGACUAGAGUCAAUGUAAUGGUCUCCCAGUAUCAAAUUCUCCUCAAUUCCUAUGGGGAGGACAUCUCGGACAAGAGUCAGACUCUACUCCAGAUAAUUACGAAAUUUGCCAGCUCUUAUUGCUCGACCAUUGAGGGAACUGCGAGGAAUAUCGAGACAACUGAACUCUGUGGAGGAGCCAGGAUUUGUUAUAUUUUUCACGAGACAUUUGGAAAGGCACUGGACUCCAUUCAUCCUCUUGCUGGGCUCACUAAAAUGGAUAUUCUCACUGCUAUCAGAAAUGCCACGGGGCCAAGACCAGCUCUGUUCGUUCCUGAAGUGUCAUUCGAGCUUCUGGUGAAGAGACAAAUUCGCAGGCUGGAGGAGCCCUCCCUGAGGUGCGUCGAGCUAGUGCAUGAGGAGAUGCAGGGGAUUAUCCAGCAUUGUGGCACAGAAGUCCACCAGGAGAUGCUGAGAUUUCCAAAAUUGUAUGAGAGAAUUGUCGACGUCGUCACACAUCUUCUUCGCAGACGACUACCCACCACUAACUCAAUGGUGGAGAAUCUCGUGGCUAUUGAGCUCGCAUACAUCAAUACCAAACACCCAGAUUUUCACAAAGAUGCGGCAUUGGUCUCUUCGUUACUUAAAAAUACCAACCUUGAUAAUAUCAAUCGGGGAAAGACCGGUCAUGUAUCCAUUGCAACUGCCAAUGGAGUCGUGGGUAAUCAUGAGUCUCAUGGAAAAAACAUUGUUAAAGAUGAGUUUACAAUAUUCAAUGAUCAGGGGAAGGAGCAGCAAAAUCACUGGCUGUUGAGCAAUUUAUUGCCACAGGGAAAAUCCGACUCUGCCAGUACUGCUGAGAGCUCACCGGUCAGGAAUCGCGACGGGACAACUUCUCCUUAUCCUAACAAUUUGGCAAAUAAUGCUGUGGGAUUGGAACAGCUGACUACUCCUACACAGCAGAAGCCAGUUAAUUUACUUUCUGAAGUGCCAAUGCAAACAUCGAGGAAGCUCAGUGAUCGAGAGCAACGGGAUUGCGAUGUCAUUGAGAGGCUCAUUAAAUCGUACUUCUACAUCGUUCGUAAAUCAAUUCAAGACAGUGUACCUAAGGCUGUUAUGCAUUUCCUCGUUAAUUACGUGAAGGAUAAUUUGCAGAGUGAACUUGUAACGCACUUGUACAAAUCUGAUCAAGCAGAGGCAUUAUUAAAUGAGAGUGAGCACAUUGCAGUGAGGCGUAAAGAAGCUGCAGAUAUGCUUAAGGCACUCACACAAGCUGGCCACAUAAUAAGUGAAAUAAGGGAAACACACAUGUGGUAAAGAAAGAUGUCAGUGUGUCGUCCUGCCACUUUGCUGCUAGUCAUGGGCUAGGUAUUAUUGUGAAACACAUAAUGACACUUUCGGCAACUCUAAGUAAGACUUGAGAUUAAUGAUAAAAAAAUUUCAAAGGAAAUUUCAAAUGCAAAUUGAACUGUUUGCACUUACGCCGUCAAAUUCGGCAGGUAUUUUUUUUUUUUUAGUGGGCAUGGAUACAAUCAAGAGCGAGUGUAUAUUUUUAAGUCCAUCUGCUUGUUUUCUUCUGUUUUUAUUACAUUUUGUUUUAUGAUCAAAGCAGUUCGAUUGAAAAUAAAGAACAAGUCAAAAGA